AUGGAUGAAGGUCUCAAAGGUACACUCUUUGAACCACUUUAUAUCAUUGGUGCAACUGAUCCAGGUCAAGCUUAUGCAGUUUGGCGUAUUACUCGUAUGUUCACUGCGUUAGGCUAUGCAUUCGAAUACAUCAUGGGUUUUACACCGAUUGAAAUGUUGAUUGAAAAUUAUAUGUUAACAUUAAAUCAUCCUGAAAAAGUUCAACGAGUUAUGGCUCCAUAUAUUCCACAUCGUAUAUAUGUAAAUAGAGCAUUAAAGAAACUUUUACCGGACUUGAAGAUAAUUGAUUAUGAAGAAUUUAGAAAUCUUGUUCGAAAGAUUAUGCCGAAAAAUUUGAAAUAUUUUGGACCAAAUAUUGUCAGUAUUAUUGAUUCGCUGAAAGUAGAUGCCACAUUUCAUCCGUUAUAUGAUGCCUCAAAGUUCACCGAAGGGAAUCAAGAAGAUUAUCUUCUUACAUGUUCAGGUCUAAAGGAAGCUAUUAAGUUAGGAUUGGAAGAUAAAAAAAAAUUCGAUCAUAUUGAUAAGAAAGUAAUUCAUUAA